UAGCAUUGACGAAGGCCGCCCCAAAACCGCACGAAAGAAAAUCGGAACUCACGGCGGCACAUUCCACAGCGAUGAAGUAUUGGCGAUUGCAAUGCUAAAACAACUACCAGAGUACAAAAACGCAUUUAUUCUUCGUACACGGGACAUGAAAAAAUUGGAGACUUGUAAUAUCUUUGUUGAUGUGGGCACUCUUACCAUAAAGGAUUUUCAUCCUAAUUUGGAACCCGCCAUGAAAUUGAGCAGUGCGGGUCUCAUUUAUGCACACUUUGGUAAAAGAUUUAUUACCGAGAUUGCUCGGAAUUUGAAUUCCGAUGAGGACCUGGAAGCGGUAUUUAAACGGCAAUAUUUCCUCAAGGCAGUAGCUCUGGUUUCUGACGAAUUGGUUGCAAAUGUCAGGCGUUUGGUGGACGAUUGGCUGCUGGCUAAAACCAUUGUAAUGGAUGCUCUUAAGUCACGUUUUUCCGUCCACCACUCUGGAAUGAUUGUAAAAUAA